AAUAGAAUGCCUUUGUCACUGCACAAAUGUACAACAAAAUUUAGUUCGUCAUAGGAGAGCAAAGCCACUGCGUACAUGCGUGCCACCACUCUUGGGCACUUCAGCCCAAGGCCAUCCCAUGUUAACCUAACUGCAUGUCUUUGAACCGUGAGGGAAGCCGGAGCACCUGGAGGAAACCCACGCAGACACGGGAGAACAUACAAACUCCACACAGAAAGGUCCCCCGCCAGCCGCUGGGCUUGAUCCCAGAACCUUCUUGCUGUGAGAGCGAUCACUGCUUGAUGCUUGUUCUGUUGGGCAGUAGCGAGGGCAUGGAUGAGAUCUUUGAAUGGUGAGGACUCCAUGUGGUGGUUCCCUUCCAUACUCCUGGGUUUCAGCACCACUGUAACAAGUCCCUGAUGUGGGUGGAGGACAGAAACACGGCAGACUGCGAAGUUUGCAAAUCCUUCUUCCUCAACAAAUGUGAGAUUCAUGGACCGCCCCUCUUCAUCCCAGAUACUCUUGUUCCCAUGGGAGUCCCUGACCGAGCCAGACAAACUCUUCCUCCUGGGCUAGAAAUCCAGAAGUCUAGUAUCCCUGAUGCAGGCCUGGGAGUGUUUAAUAAGGGAGGUACUGUUCCAGUAGGUGCACACUUCGGACCCUACCAGGGAGAGUUGGUAAAUGGAGAGGAAGCCGGGAACAGUGGAGACUCCUUGGUUGUAUACAGGAGCAUGCAGUGUGAACAAUACAUUGAUGCCAAAAGAGAGAUGGAUGUGAAUUGGAUGAGGUAUGUGAAUUGUGCCCGUAAUGAAGAAGAACAGAAUCUUGUGGCAUUUCGGUAUCGAGGGGGAAUUCUGUACCGUUGCUGUCGACCCAUUAACCCAGGACAUGAGCUCUUGGUGUGGUAUGAAGAGGAGUACACCAAAGAACUCAGUCCUGCACCUAUAGGAACAACCAGCCAGCAAGGUGGCGUGGGGGCGGAGGACCCUAUCCAUGAGCCGCUGGAACGUAGCAGGCGCCCCAAACAGCCCAAAAGGAAGUGUGACAAACUGGUCAUGCCGCUGUGUCCAUUAUGCGAUGUGGACCACAAAUACCUCCGCCAACACCUCAGGAAAGGCCAUCAUGUGGUAAACAAUGAUGAGCUGGACCUAUUAAUGUUGUACGCGAGCGGGCGAGGAGUGAAAGGAAGACUCUAUUGUAUGGAGUGCCAGAUAAAAUGUGUCCGGCUGGACAAACAUUUCCUCCAGUCACACAAGAACUGGACGGCUGAACAACGGAAGGACAUGUACAACCAGGGGAUACAAAAAAAAGCACUUGAUGGCCUCAGGGCUCUGAGGUUGACUUUCCCGGUUCUUCCAAUGGUCAGCCAGCUGGACAUCACAGAAGAAGAUCUCAGGGAGGUGCCAGCUGACCCAAUCCUGCCCGCCUCCCCCGAUGCCCCCGCCGGUCCUGCCGCCUCCCCCGAUGCCCCCGCCGGUCCUGCCGCCUCCCCCAAUGCCCCCACCGGUCCUGCUGCCUCCUGUGAUGCCCCCGCCGGUCCUGCUGCCUCCCGUGAUGCCCCUGCCGGUCCUGCUGCCACCUCCUCUGCUGCACCGGCACCCGCAAAAGGACGCUCCAUCCUCUCAUGCCCCGGGUGUCGGGCAAGGGAAGAGGCAAACCGGCGCCUCCGCCAUAACAACAUUCUGCUUCGGGGCAAAAUCAAGCUCCUUAUGGGGAAAAAAGAAAAAAAGAGGGUGAAGUUUCAGAAGAGGAGGGAAGCUGCCACUGAAGAUGACAGUGGAGAGCCUGGAUAUGAAAUACUCCUCUCAAAAUAUAAGGGACGCAUCACCACCGAGAAUGCCACAUGCAAAGAGCAGAGCAACACACAGCAGCGCGUGCAGUCGGUGCGCCAGUUCCUUAUUAACAGUGCGGUGGGCGGCGUGCCACAUGCUGACCUGUUAUAUCUGCGCGACCACAGCAGGAUCCGGGAAGCUGUGAGAACAUGGGUUGCAUCCGGCCUGAAGCCCACCACGGUCAAAAAGAAAAUUAUUGAUACCAUGGAUUUUCUUAAGUGGGUGGGAAGGGCGUGGCCAGGGGGUGUCCGGCUCUCACAGAGAUCCAUAGAGGGUCUCAAAGAUGAGCUCUCUAGAGAGCUACGAAGUCUGAGGGGCAGCGUGACGUCGCACGUGGUAUCUGUCAGGCGCAACAAAUCCGAAAAUGUCCUCCCCUUGGCUGUACACCGCAACUUCAUUAAAAAGGCCAACAAGCUCCUGCCCCAAUUUUUCAAGAAAGCUGUGACAACCAAAAAAAGGCCCCAAAUUCAGAGAUUUCUUGCCCUGCUGGCGGGGCUGAUAAUUAGUGAGACUGGCCACAGGAUCACGGUGUUGAAAAACAUGAGGGGGACUGAUGUCCUAGAGGCUCGGGAAGCGGGGCAGUGCCACGUGAUAUACGUGAAGGAGCACAAGACACGCCGCACAUUUGGCGAUGCCAGGGUGCCUGUGCACGCCAAUGUCUACCGCAUGAUGAAGACCUGGAUGAAAAGGAGGGAGGACCUGCAGGGCUGGGAAGGCCCCUUUUUUUCCAGUAGUGCUGGGGGGAGGGCGCCACUCCUCUUGGAGGAUUUUAAGAGAACCUGGCUGGACCUGGGCUUCCCCGCACCCCCACCAACGUUUAACGCUCUAAGGAGCUCAUUGGCCACUCAUGCCGUCAAGACAGCUGGCGAGAGGGAGGCGGCACAGAUCGCCCAGCUUAUGUGCCACGACCUCGAGACGUCUAAAAAGUUUUAUAAGGCGCACCCGCCCCCCAAAGCCACUGCCCAGGUCCGGAGUGCGAUCCUGAGGACCAUGAUGACAGGCGACGAGGAGGACAAUGACUCAGAAGGGGAGGAGGAUAAUGACUCGCAGGGUGAGGAGCCAGGAGAGGAGCAGGGCGAGGAGCUAGGAGAGGAGAAGGGCGAGGAGUCAGGAGAGGAGCGGGCAGAAGAGGAGGACGAAGACUCUGACGAAGAAGAGGAGGAUGAAGACUCUGAUGCCAGUGAGGAGGAGGGGAUCCAAAUGACAGAGGAGACAGAGGAUGAGAGUGAGGUGGAGCAGGUGGGCGGCUGUAAACGGAAGGCCAGGGCCCAAAUUAUUGGGGACUCCAGUGAGGAGGAAAAGGAGGAGGAAAGAAGUAGGAAGAGAACAAGGAGGGCCCUCUUCACUGGAGGCGAUCCAGAUGAGGGAACCUCGAAGUCCUCACACUGGCGCUCAGCUUCUAGGCCGCGCACUCCUUCCAGAAAGCAGGGGACGCGCAGUCCUUCCACACCGCAGGGGGCGCGCAGUCCUUCCACACCGCAGGGGGCGCACACCCCUUCCAGGCGGCUUCAUAUGUUGAAGAAAAAAAUAUUGGCAACAAAAAGACGCUUGGGGGUCCUCAUAUCCCCCCUCACCCCAAGGCGGAUUGGUCGAUGGACAGGCCUGAGAACGCCAUCUAAAAGAAGAGCCCAGGGCUUCAACCUCCUCCCCCUCAGGAGGAAGGGGCUCAUGACGCCCUCCCCAAAAAAAAUAAGACCGCUUUUGUCCCCAUCCCUUAUUGAGUCCCCCCCCACUCAAACCUCCCCUCCACCCAGAAGCUCCACCCUGAGUGUCUCCAGCUUAAUCUGCACAAAGGAGAUGAACCCCUCUCAAUAUUCAGUUUAAUUUUUUUUAUUGUACUUUCUUUCCUUAUAGUUACUGAUGUUCUUAAUGUUCUUAAUUUUUUAAUGUUUUAACAGUUCCAACAGAAAAAAAAAAACCAUCCAUGAUGUAGGAUUGUGUGGGGAAAAAAAAACAAACAAAAAAAACACAUUGUGUUAACAAAAAAAGUGUGUGUUGUGUGGCAAAAAAACCCCAAAAAUCACCAAAAAAAAAAAAAAAAACACCUUAAGUGGACCAAAAAAAACAACCCCAACGUGAACUCUACUUUGACAUGGUGUUGGGGCUUAUGAGCCUAGGCUCAAACUAAGAGUUCAAUAUCAAAUUUAAUUGGUCAUGUCUCCAAAACAGGUACCAAUACACUCCAAAUGGCCUGAAACAUGCUCCUAACAACUUUCCCCAGGAGGAUUUAGGGCUGUGGGAGAACAAGCCCGAAGUGUCCCCAUGACCUUCUGUUCCAUACUGUUCUAUUAAAAGUGUGUUUUGAAAUGUUUGAUGUUAUUGUAUUUCUUUAAAGUUUUUUUUGGCUUAUUAAAGAUAUGGAAGUGCAUUAAAGUUAUUGAAUUGCAAUAAAA